CUAAUCAGCAGUCCACAAGUAUAACAUUAACUGAGGUCAAUUUGUGAUAUAAACUAUAAAAUCUAACAAUCUCUAAAGAUGUUUUACAUUAAUAAUAACAAUAAUUCAGUUACAAUAUACGAACAUCAAUUUAUUUAUUGGUAGAAUGACCGACCAUUCAUUCAAUAAAUAUAUAAACAAAAUUAAGAACCAUUCAUAUUUUAUUUAUAAUAUUCUAUAGAUCAAAUGUAUGAUUUUUAAACUAUACCAUUAUAUUCUGUAGUCAAGGAUGAAUAAUUGUGAAACUAUUUUCAUUAGAUUAAACCAUGUUAAUAAUAUGAAGAAUUGGAUUUAUCAAUGGAUUAUAUAUUUAUUAAUUUACAAUAUUGUCGUUCCAUGUCAAACUAAUGAAAUUUACAAUACGACAUCUAAUCAAGCAUUAACUUGUAAUUCAUUACUUACAAGUAAUGUAUUACAAUAUUAUAUGGAACAAUUAUUAACUCAUUAUGGUAAAGACAGUGCAUACAAAAUUGGUAAUCCAAUCAAAUUUGGUACUGCUGAAUUUUUUGACAUAAGAAUUAGUGGUUUAUCUGCUGUACAAUUCUCAGAACCAGUUGAUAUUAUUGAUCUACCAUCAGGAAACAUACGAAUGAUAUUUCCGUUAUUAUUUGACUAUCUUGUUAUAAAUGGUAAAAUGAAAAUGAUCAUGUUUGCUACUAAACCUCGGUCAGUUGAAAUUAAAAUUAAAUCAAUCAAAAUAUAUUUGGAUUUACUUCUUAUACAACCAAUGGACAAUAAUGUAUUAUUACCAAUUCGUGUGAACAAAGUUACUGUUAUCCAUUGGAAUAAUCUUCGAUUUGAUAGUAAAGGUGUUUUUACAAUCUUUUUUAAAAUGUUCAAUCAAUUUCGUUUAUAUGAUGGUAUCAUUAAACGUUCAAUUGAAAAAGAAAUUUAUCAACAAAUUGAAAGAUCAUUAAAUUCAUUUUUUAAUCAUUAAAAAAAAAGGAAUAGAAGUCAAUUGUUUAUAUUUAUUUCAUUGUAAAAUUGAAUAAUUUUAUUUUGUUUUAUUAAUUAGUAAUUGAAAUCAAUAUUAUAUAGUUGUAAGUUCUAUUCAAGUAAUAGAGUUAGACAAGAUUGCACAAUGUCAACAUUCCACUUGAAUUUUGUUAUUGAUAACGUUCUGGUAACAGUUUUGAUGGAUGUAGAAAAUGGUAGUGUGGAUUUAUUGUUUAGAGGAAGACUUCUUUACUUUAAGUAUGCGGGUGAUACCCAAGUCAUACAAUCCGCACUUAAUCAAUUGGCAAUUAGUGCCUGUAGGUAUGGUAUAUGCUUUGCACAUUCCCAGUGCAAAGUUCGUGUAUAUGUGUAGUUUCAUAAGUACUGGUGGUGGUGUGAGUGAUGAGAUCAAU